AUGGCAGUCCAAGAGAAUGAAUAUGUACCCGCGGUAUCGAGUGAGGAAAGGAAGUCUAGCCCAAUAGGCAAAGAUGUGAGAAGUAGGAAAGCUCGCAGAAAGAGUCAUCUGCGAUGGACGCUAGGGCUGGUGGUUCGGUUGUGUAUUUGGUAUACUCUCCUCACGCCCUUCCUACGGUGCCCAUCACGCUUAGACGAGUUGAACGAGACCUCUCCCAAGGUCUGCAAGCCAUAUUUGAUCGCGCGUUCCCAUGUGGAACCCUAUGUGACCCCCUAUUAUGACACAUAUGCCGCCCCCUACGUGAAUCAGGCGCGCCCGUAUGUGGAGGUGUUCAACCAGCAAGUCUAUACGCCUGCCUCUAAUGUCGCCAAAAUCAGCUAUGAGAAAUACGGCGCCCCAGCAUGGCAACGAGCCCGAGCAUUCGGCGAAGCACAAUGGAAAGCUCAAGUGACGCCGCGCCUAGAAGCCGCUCAGGUUCAAGCUCAUCACUUGUAUCUGGCCCAGAUUGAUCCAUAUGUGCAACAAGGUGUAGCCGUGGUAUCGCCUUAUUACCAGAAGGCAAAGGGGGCGGCGCAGGCUGUUUACUGGAACCAAUUAGUGCCUUUCUACACUCGUUCGCAGCCGUUCAUUGGCAAGACUUAUAGCACCAGCCAACAAGUCCUAACAACCCAUGUGAUGCCUGGUGCACGCUACACCUGGUCCUCCGUGGUUUACUUUGCGAACAGCUCGUUGUGGCCCCAUGUGACAGGCCUCUAUUCGGAGCAGGUCGAGCCUCAGCUUGUCAAGAUCGGUCAGCGCCUGGCAAGCUAUCGGGAAGGCAAGCGCCUCCGCGCUGUCGUCGAAGAAAUGGAUAGUUCCGCUUCUGAACAACCCGUCUCUUCAACCGUCACAACCGCAAAGGUUGAACCUCGCACUUCCGCAAGCACAACCACCACUUCGACACCAGAGACCCCAUCUGCUCAGCCCACCUUGUCGGCCGAGGAAAAAUCCAAGCAAGCUCGUGCCCGAAUUGAGUCUGAUCUUCAAAGGUGGCAGGACAAGUUUGCCAAAGCAGCCGACAAGGGAAUUGAAGAUCUCGAGGAGCGCAUUGGAGACAUCGUUUCCGCGCUCAUUGCGAACAGUGCCAACAGCCACGGUGAAAGCCUAUCUACUGCCCUCCAGGCAGUCUCGGCUGAGAAGAUCUCCUCUAUCAAGCAGCGAAUUAACGAGCUUGCGGCAGCCCUGCCAGAGGAAGAUGCACCUGAGGAGGAGGAAGAGUCCCGUGACAAGUUGCUUGUUGACAUUCGCUCAGCCGCUGUCUUGGUACGAGAUCGCGCCCACGCUCUCCGACAAUGGUCUCUAUCCUUUGACGAAGAACUCCUUCGCCGGGUCUCUGCUGCUAUCAACUCAACGCUGGAUGUGCUCGACAGCAUCCGUGACCUGGGUUUACAGGAGAUCGGUACUCGGUGGGCCUGGAUGGACGAUGUGACUUAUAAAGACUGGGCUAAAUACCACGCCCUCAAGGUUCAAAUCGAUGACUGGCGCAACGAGAUCCGCAAGGUCGGCAUGAACCACAAGUCCAUCGCCGAAGCUCAGUCUGCGGCUGCUGGAAUUCUGGACAGUGGAAUGGAGGUGGCUGAGGAUACCGCCAGAGAACUCAUCCGGCUUAAAGAUGUUGGCAACUGGAAGAUUGCCGCUCGUGAGGUGGGUGACAACUUCGAUACCCGUACUGAGCCUCCUCCUCCGCGGCCCAAGCCAGUAGUGGAGUCUGAGGAAAGUGAGGAGGGCACGGACAAUGAUGAAGUUUUCGAAGAAGCUACCAUGGAUUCCGAAGCUUUCUCGUCGACUUCGCAAGAAGAUGAUACUGAAGAGACCCCUACCUCCGCCACCAGUGGUGAUCUUCCCGAGGAGGCCGACGAGGCUAUGGAGUCCGAAACGACCCUCGACAACGAAGAUGCAGAGGAGCGUGUCCUUGAUGCCAUUUUUGAGGAAGAUAAAUACGCUACAAAGCCUGCUUUUGGCGUCGCCGCAGCCACUUUGAACUCCCAGCAGGAACCUAUCCUUGACGAGGAUGAGCAGGAUGCUUUCCACAACCUGGCUCACAAAGUCGGCGAUGUCUACUCUGACGCGAGCUCCGCUUUCGCCGAUUCAACCGCUCAGGCCAAGAUUCUCUACGAAAUCGCCAAGUCUCAGGUUAUGGGUCAGAUGGCGCAUUCGAGCGCUCCCGCUCAUGCUCAGGUCCUGUCUUCUAUCGAGUCUGCAUACUCUGGUGCCGUGAAGUACGCCACCGAGGAGUUCGAGGCGCGGAUCGCCGCUGUCAAGGCUACCCCUACUACUGCUGGCCCCCUAGCGCACAUUUCUUCCGUUGCAUCUUCGCGUUUGAGCGAAGGACUCAGCUUGGCCUCGGAGCAGCUGGCCCUACACACUGUCCCAGCCACCAGCUCGGUUGGUUUCCAGCCUUUCGUGCUUGAUGCACAGCGUCGCUACUAUGAGGCUGUUGGCGUCGCUCACGAGCACUACACUGCUUUCGUGUCUACCGCAUCGGAGGCAGUUUAUGGCACUCCAACCCCAACCCCGGCACCCUUGGACUUCCGAAACCUCGUAGAACAAGCCGGCUCUCAGUACGAGCAGGCUUCUUCCUUGGCUUUCGCUAGUCUCGCCGCAGUCGUCGCCUCUGCAAGCUCUAUGGUCUCUGCAGCUGAUGAUGGAAGGAGUCAGAGCAUCAUCGAUGAUGCCUCGUCCAGAUAUCAGGCCGCCCUCUCCGCUGCCUCCUCUUCUCUGUCUCUCGCGUCAGCCUCGGCUAGCUCUGCUAUUUAUGGCACGACGCCCGGGGCCCUGGAGUCUCUUUCCAGCCAGGCGUCUGAGAACUGGGAGAUGCUUGUUGCUAAGGCCAGUGAGCGAAUCUACGGUACCCCAGCGCCGUAUCUGCAACAGGUAGUGGACAAUCACGUGCCACAUCUCGAAGCCGUCCAAGCGAUCGUCUCUGAGCUGCUUAUUGGUAAACAGCCAUCUUUCACUGAGAGCGUCCUAAGCAAACUCCGCGUUGCCUAUGAGACCCCUUACCCGGCUGCAGCUGUGUCCGCAGCCUCGAGCUACGCUAGCGAAGCCUACGAGGCGGUUUCUUCCGCAGCUAAUGCAUUUGUCUCCGACAUCCCCAGUGUGGAAGAUAUCAUGCAGCAGGCUAAUGAUCAGCUGCAAGCUGCCGUUGAAGCUGCCAGCGUUGGUAUCUACGGGACGCCCAAGGGUCGCUUCGAGCAGGCUACUGAGGCUGCAGCUGAGGCUUACUCGAGUGCCUCGGCCCAGAUCAGUGGCGCUGUGUACGGAAAGGAGCCUAGCUAUAUUGAUAUCGCCAGGGACAACAUUGAGCAGAUUCAAUCCAAGGCUAGCGCUGCGAUCUAUGGCGAGGAACCUGGCGCUGUGGAAAGUGCCACCAGCCGUCUUGCCGCCGCUGUUGAGAGUGCGCAGGCGCAACUCGCUGACCUCGCAUCCAGUGCGAGCAGCUUUGCGUCUGAAGCCGUUGAGACGGCUGUACCCCACGCUGAUCAGAUCACCAGCAGCAUCAAGGCUGGUGCCUCGUCCCUGACCAAGGACGAGCUCUAG